AUGACUGACAGGAAGGCUGUGAUCAAGAAUGCCGACAUGUCCGAGGACAUGCAGCAGGAUGCGGUUGACUGUGCCACACAGGCGAUGGAAAAGUACAACAUUGAGAAAGACAUUGCUGCCUACAUCAAAAAGGAGUUCGACAAGAAGUAUAAUCCCACGUGGCACUGCAUCGUGGGCAGAAACUUCGGCAGUUAUGUGACUCACGAGACCAAGCACUUCAUCUAUUUCUACCUGGGCCAGGUGGCAAUUCUGCUGUUCAAGUCGGGUUGAGUGAUGGACGGCUAAAGUGAGGGUGGACCCCCUCAACUGGACUGAUGCACUGACGGCUGCCUCACCUGCUCCUUACACUUAAAUACACAUGGGGGGGAGGCAGGACACAAACACUAUUAAACUGGCUGUGCUCAAGUGCAUGGGCGGUGUACAAUAUUUGUGUAUAUGUUGCAGUAAAAUCUUGCUUUUCUUUAGUUGCUGGGAUACAGUAAGCAACAGGGAGAGUUUUUGUUAAUGCUUUCUACUUAUUUUGUUAUUGCACUCAAGUUGUACAAAAUGCUUUAAAAGUGGCCUUUAAGUGAAAAAUAAAGAAUAGUUCUACACGUUUAAA